AUGGCUCUUCGACUCCAAUCAAGGCGAUUGGCCUUUGCCGGCGCCCGUCGAACUUUCUCUUCACCGGCUACCGCAUCUACUUCGAAUCUCUCCCAAGAUGUCCAGCGGUCAAUCUCUCGAGAAGCGUCCCUCCCGAAUCCAGACCCUCCCGAGGACUCUGCAAGCGCCGCGUUGGUGAAGGAACAUUUGAAGCAUAUGGUCCCUACAUACGUGCGCCCUUCGCUGGUGUUCGUCAAAGGCGAGGGCUCGUACCUGUGGGACUUGGAGAACCGAAGGUAUCUCGACUUCACUGCUGGGAUCGCCGUCAAUGGACUGGGCCAUUCCGACCCAGGCGUGGCCAGGAUUCUCGCCGACCAGGGUACGACGCUUCUACACACAUCCAACCUCUACUUCAACCCCUGGACCGGCGCCUUGUCGCAACUGCUAGUUGAAAAGACGCUCGAGUCGGGCGCCAUGCACGAUGCCGCGACCGUAUUCGUCUGCAACUCGGGCUCCGAAGCAAACGAGGCCGCCAUCAAGUUCUCGCGCAAAGUCGGCAAGACCGUGGACCCAAGCAGAUCGAAGCACGAGUUCGUCUCCUUCCACGGAUCCUUCCACGGCCGAACGAUGGGCAGUCUGUCCGCCACGCCGAACCCCAAAUACCAAGAACCGUUCGCGCCGAUGCUGCCGGGGUUCAAAUACGGAACGUACAACGAUGUCGAGGCUAUCAAUGAGCUGGUCACGGAGAAAACAUGUGGUGUGAUCAUCGAGCCUAUCCAGGGCGAGGGCGGCGUCAACGUGGCGACCGACGAGUUCUUGAUCGCGCUGGCGAAGCGGUGCCGUGAGGUCGGUGCCGUCUUGGUGUACGACGAGAUCCAAUGCGGUCUGGCGCGCACAGGCAGCCUCUGGGCGCACGGCCACUUGCCCAAGGAGGCACAUCCCGACAUCAUCACCACGGCCAAGGCUCUCGGAAACGGGUUCCCCAUCGGUGCGACCAUCGUGAACAACGCCGUCAACGAGAAGAUCAAGGUCGGCGACCACGGCACGACCUUUGGCGGCAACCCGAUGGCGUGUCGCCUGGCGCAUUACGUCGUCUCGCGACUGGCGGACCCGAAGAUGCAGGAGGAGGUUCUCUCCAAGUCCCAGCUUUUCAGGGAACGGUUUGAUCGCAUGCGCGAGCGGUUUCCCGACUUGAUAAAGGAGGUUCGUGGUCGAGGUUUGAUACUGGGCGUCCAGCUGACGCAGGAUCCCGCGCCAAUCAUCAAGGCUGCGCGGGAGAGGGGACUGUUGAUCAUCACUUGCGGGACGAACACGUUGCGGUUCGUGCCUCCGUUGACUGUGAGUGAGGAGGAGAUCAAGAGCGGCCUGGAUAUAGUAGAGGAGGUAAUCGAAGCACAGUUUGCGUAG